AUGGGGAAUAAGCAGACGAUCUUCACGGCGCAGCAGCUUGAUGCGUAUCAGGACUGCACAUUCUUCACAAGGAAGGAAAUUCUAAGACUAUUUGACCGUUAUCGAGACUUGGCACCACAGCUCGUUCCUCUCGACUACACAGACCAGCCAGAUGUGAGGCUACCAUACGAGCUCAUUGGCAGCAUGCCAGAACUGAAGGACAACCCGUUCCGCCAGAGGAUCGCUGAGGUUUUCUCGGAGGACGGAGAGGGAAACAUGACCCUGGAUGACUUCCUGGAUAUGUUCUCCGUGCUGAGUGAGAUGGCUCCACGAGAUCUGAAGGCCUACUAUGCAUUUAAAAUCUACGACUUCAACAAUGAUGACUUCCUGUGUAAGUCUGACCUGGAGAAGACGCUGAACAAGCUGACGCGGAAUGAGCUAACGGAGGACGAGGUCAGGAUGGUAUGUGAGAAGGUGAUCGACGAGGCCGACCUGGACAACGAUGGACGUCUCUCACUGGAGGACUUCCAGCACAUGAUCGUCCGUGCUCCAGACUUCCUCAGCACCUUCCAUAUAAGGAUAUGA